UCACGUGCAGGGGGCAGCAGCACGGGCCAACUAUUAGCCGAGGCUAUCAAAGCCUUGCAAAAAAAAAAAAAAAAAAAGAAUCAGCGCUCUCGCCAAGGAAACAAAACAAUAUAGAAUCUGGUUUACGGCGUGCCCCAAGCCCGGAACAUCUGUAGAUACGACAACGCGCUUACCCGUGGCAUGAGCAUUCCAUGCAGCAUCCUAGGUAUGAAUGACGUGGCCUGGCAGGAGACGAGAGGUGGGAUGCUGCAUGCAAAUGGUGGUCCUGAGGCUGGAGGUGUCAGAGUCCACAGUGGAGGGCCCCUAGCCGCAGUGGCUGGCCAGGCUUCAGGAGGCCCCCAUUUACAGGGCAUGGAUAGGGCCGGCAACCCCACACCGGGAACGCCGCAGCCUCCGUUGAGCGGUCGCUCGCAGGAUGACGCCACGGUCGGCUACUUCUUCCAGAGGCAGCCCGGGGAGCAACUCGGAGGUUGCGCGCCGAGCAAGCAUCGCUGGCCCACCGGAGACCCCAAUCAUGUUGAUCAGGUCCGUGUUGUGGAUGAAAUGAACUACGACUUUCAAGCUCUUGCUUUGGAGUCAAGAGGGAUGGGAGAGCUUUUGCCGGCAAAAAAGCUCUGGGAUUCAGAUGAACUGGCGAAGGAUGGAAGAAAAGGAAUGCUUCUUGGAGAGGAGUGGAGGGACAUUGCGUGGGGGGCAUCACACCAUUCAGUCUCCCAGCCAAUUAUGGUCCAGCGCAGGCCGUGUCAGGGUUUCCACGGGAACGGCGAUGCUAAUUCCGUGCUGUCGCCUCGUUCAGAGGGUGGAGGCUUAGGUGUGAGCAUGGUGGAGUACGUCCUGAGCUCGUCUCCUGGUGACAAGAUGGAUGCCCGUUACAGGAACGGCGGCUAUGGUGGAGGCGAUACGGAUCAGGACGGGAGAGAGAAGAAUGAUGGCCCAGAGAAAGUGUCUCCUUUUGAGGAAGACAAGAGCCCAGAGAUGAAGGUGGGGGAUGACAGUGAUCCUGCGAAGGCCAAUGGAAGAAGUUUACUAAAUGGCAUGGACAGAGACUGCAAAGACUUCAAUCCAACUCCGGGAAGCCGGCAAGCUUCUCCCACUGAGGCUGUGGAGAGGAUGGGCCCUAACCAGACAGGAUUGGAGAUGAUGAGCCAGCACCAUGCCCAUGCCCACGCUCAUGCCCAUGCCCAUGCCCAUGCUCAUGCACAUGCACAUGCACAUGCUCAUGCUCAUGCUCAUGCUCAUGCUCUACAACAACAGAACCACAGCAAAGGUCCGGUGGAUGACUUUCAGAACCAGGAAGCCCAGAACAUGGGUGGCAUGGAGCAACAAGCCGGUGUGGAAUCCCUCCAGUUUGAAUAUGCAGGCAACCAGAUUCAGGUGGACUCCUCCGGAACCCCAGUUGGAUUGUUUGACUACAGCUCUCAGCAGCAGUUAUUCCAGAGGUCAAAUCCCCUGACUGUUCAGCAGCUCACAGCAGCCCAGCAGCAACAGUAUGCCCUGGCAGCAGCUCAGCAGCAGCACCUUGCUGGUCUUGCUCCUGCAUUUGUGCCAAACCCUUACAUCAUCAAUGCUGCGCCCCCUGGAGCUGAUCCAUACACUGCAGCAGGGUUGGCAGCAGCAGCUACUCUUGCUGGGCCCACAGUGGUUCCACCGCAAUACUAUGGUGUUCCUUGGGGCGUGUACCCAGCCAAUCUUUUCCAGCAACAGGCCGCAUCUACUGCCAAUCACUCUGCUAAUCAGCAAGCAUCCAAUCAGGGACCAGGGCCAGGCCAACCUCAGGUAAUGCGGACAGGAAACAACCAGCGUCCUCUAACACCUGGGCAAGGUCAACAAAGUCAGCAGGAAUCUCUGGCUGCAGCAGCUGCUGCUGCAAACCCCGCACUGGCAUACACAGGAAUGCCCGGUUAUCAGGUGCUGGCCCCUGCAGCUUACUAUGACCAGACCGGGGCCCUAGUGAUGGGCCCUAGCGCUCGGACUGGCCUCGGUGGGCCAGUUCGUUUAGUCCAGACUCCCCUCCUCAUCAAUCCUGCAGCAGCACAGGCUGCAGCUGCGGUGUCUGCCUCGGGUUCUGGUAGCAACAUGUCUGGCCCUCCGGCAAACGGCAUGUACCGCUCCAUGCCUCAACCCCAACCUCAGCCACAGCAGCAACAGGCUCCCCCUCAGAGCAGCGGCUUGCAAUCAAGUUCCUUCUACGGCUCCGGGUCAGUCCCCAACACCUCUCAGAGCAGCUCACUUUUCUCCCAUACAUCUGCUCCACCUGCACCCCAGAGCUCCUCGCUGGGCUUCAGCAGCACCGGCAGCUCGCUCGGUGUGGGUCUGGCCUCUGCUCUCGGAGGAUUCGGCUCGUCAGUAUCGAGCUCUACAAGUAGCAGUGUGUCUCGCAGGGACUCGCUGUUGACAAGUUCUGAUCUUUACAAACGCGGCAGCAGCAGUUUAACUCCCAUCGGCCAGCCCUUUUACAACAGCCUGGGUUACUCCUCAUCACCCAGCCCGAUUGGACUCACCCCCGGCCAUUCGCCUCUCACUCCCCCUCCUUCUCUGCCCUCCUCUCACGGGUCCUCCUCCAGCCUUCACCUCGGUGGCUUGACAAAUGGAAGCGGGCGUUACAUUUCUGCAGCACCCGGAGCUGAGGCCAAGUACCGCAGUGGCGGUGGGACGUCCAGCCUAUUUAAUUCCAGCAGCCAGCUCUUCCCACCAUCUCGGCCCCGCUACAGCCGCUCGGACGUGAUGCCAUCCGGCCGCAGCCGCCUCCUGGAAGACUUUAGGAACAACCGCUUCCCGAACCUCCAGCUCAGAGACCUCCCUGGACACAUGGUGGAGUUCUCUCAAGAUCAGCAUGGGUCAAGAUUCAUUCAGCAGAAGCUCGAGAGAGCCAGUCCUGCUGAGAGACAGAUGGUUUUCGGAGAGAUUCUACAAGCAGCAUACCAGCUGAUGACUGAUGUGUUUGGGAACUAUGUCAUCCAGAAGUUCUUUGAGUUUGGAAGUGCAGACCAGAAGCUGGCUUUGGCAACUCGAAUCCGUGGCCAUGUCCUCCCGCUGGCUUUACAGAUGUAUGGGUGCAGAGUAAUUCAGAAAGCUUUGGAGUCCAUUUCUUCUGACCAGCAGGUAAUUAGUGACAUUGUUCGUGAGCUGGAUGGCCAUGUUUUAAAGUGUGUGAAGGACCAGAACGGAAACCAUGUGGUGCAGAAGUGCAUUGAGUGUGUCCAGCCUCAAGCCCUACAGUUCAUUAUAGAUGCCUUCCAAGGCCAGGUUUUUGUCCUCUCCACGCACCCUUAUGGCUGUAGAGUAAUCCAAAGGAUUUUGGAGCACUGCACCCAGGAGCAGACUUUGCCAAUACUGGAAGAGCUGCAUCAGCACUCUGAGCAGCUGGGUCAGAAAUAUCAAGGCGUAUCAUUGGAGAUGACACCCAAAACAUAUUAUACAGUGUCCCGUGAUGCACUGUUCAAGGAUCAGUAUGGUAACUACGUCAUUCAGCAUGUUUUGGAGCACGGCAGACCAGAAGACAAGAGCAAGAUAGUCGCAGAAGUGCGAGGAAAAGUCCUCCUACUUAGCCAACACAAAUUUGCAAGUAACGUUGUGGAGAAGUGCGUGAUCCACUCCUCACGUGCCGAGAGAGCUCUGCUGAUCGAUGAGGUGUGCUGCCAGAAGGAUGGCCCCCACAGCGCCCUGUACACGAUGAUGAAGGACCAGUACGCCAACUACGUUGUCCAAAGAAUGAUAGACAUGGCUGAACCUGCUCAGCGUAAAAUCAUCAUGCACAAGAUCCGGCCUCACAUUGCCACCUUGCGCAAGUACACUUACGGGAAACACAUUCUGGCUAAACUGGAAAAGUACUACAUGAAGAGCGGGUCUGAGCUGGGUCCCAUAGGCGGCCCCACAAAUGGCCUGAUGUAGUCAACGCUGACAUCAUGGAUCCCCCCAAAAAUGAGGUGCAGGUUCUCAGCAUAUUAAGAUCUUUUCUCAACCCCUUUUUUGCAGGGCAGUUACCAAAAGGAAAAAAAAGACAAGUCAAUUUUACCCUAAAACGCUGUGACAACUGACAUUUGCCACUGUGCCACCCCUAGUGAGGUCCCAUCUGGGCCCCCAGCCCUCGCCAUGAGCAGCAUAAGUCAGCAGGCUUAUUUUUUGGGGUAAAGCACAAGGCCAUUGUUAAUUAUGUAACUGAUGUAUUUGACUGGUUUUCAUAUUGUACAUUUAAAUUUUUUUUUACCUUGUAAAUUCUUUGUAGAAAAAAAAAAACAUUUGCUGAAACUUCUUACAAUUCAUACCAGCAAGUGACCUAUUAAAGCUAAAAACUGAGUGACAAAAUUCCAUUUGCUUUUUGAACCGACAGACAUUGUCUAAGUCCAGGAAAUUUGAUAUUUAUAUAUGACCCCAUGUAGAGUUGAAACAAUAGUAUCCCCAUGCUGUUGAUUUCAAACAGCAAGGUACAGGCGAAUACAAAUAUGUGUGAGGUGCCACAGGUCUUUAUCAAGACCUUUUUGCUCGCCUAAAUUGGGGGGACAACUCUGUGGUAGAUUUUUAAAUGGGGCCUUUUUCUUGCCUUGCCUCCCUCACCCCCCUUCCAUCGCAUCCUCCCUUUUUUCUACAGCAAGAGCGAUUUACCAUGUUUACCUUGUCGGCCAGCAGCUACUGUUUUGGUACCCAAAGACAGACAGACUGGCUGGGCCUAAAGCGGCUCUCCAUUUCCAUUCGUUGAUUUAACAGGUACUAACAAGAGAAGUUAUAAAGUUAUAGAAGGGCUUGGUUUUAAUUGAAACUAUCAUAGCGCAGAUUCAAUGAUGUGGUGAGAGGCACUGGCGGCAUGCUGUGGAAGGUUUUAAUUUUUUUCCUCUUAAUCUUUUUUAGUGUCUUUUAAGUAGGAAAUGAACACUGCUCUGAGCUAACUUUAUGUACUAAAUAAUCAUCUCUCGCUUAAAAAGUAGUUUAGUGUAGCAUCUUAUGUGUGAUUCUUAAUUGUUGCUUUCGGGUCGCUGUGAUGGACUAAUGCCCCACCCCACCAUCGUUAGAAUUAUCAAAAUUGUAAAGGGGAGCUUUAUCCCAGCGUUGUACAUGAGAUGGAAUUAAAUACUGGGAAUUGGACGAAGGGAUUUUUAAGUAGGAUUUUUAAUGCUCCAAAGUUUGUAUUUUUUAACUCUUUUGAUUGGAUGCCGGUGGGGCCAUCUAAACUUAUACAACUGUCCUGUAAUACUCGUAGUGAUGGCUUCUUUGAAUUGUAGAAUAAUAUGUAGUAUAUGUGCAGUCGGUAAGUGUAAGAAUAUUAUUAUAAUUAUUAUUAGCUAAAGUGAGAAAAAAAUGUCUAGUGGUGUUUGACAGGCCUUGCAAACUUGUAGUGAUGCUUUUAUUCCCUCUGUACAGUUGUACAUUUGUAACUGUUUAUGCUGUAAAUGGGAUGUCUUCUACAUUUUAGUGGGGAGAAAAAGGCUAAAAGUGUGCAUUUUGACGUGUGUGUAUAUUCAUCACUCCUUUCCCCCCUUUGAAUAUGUAUACAGUUUUAUUUGAGCAAGUGUUAUUUGAAAGAAAAAAUAAUUUUUAAGGCUUCAAUCUGGCAUGUAAUUUUGUUUUUUAAAAUCUAUGGGAAAAGGUCAGCCUCUAUUUGUACUGGAGCUGCUGUAACAUCCACUGUUGAUAGUCUUUCUGAUGUGUGACACUUUUAAAAGACAAUAAGGAUUUAAAAACAAAAAAAUCCUCAAAAUCAGAGGCUGCCUUUAGUUGUCUACUGACUACACAGGAUAUGAAACAUAUUUUUGUACAGAAAAGUGCUGUAUUUUGGAACGGCUACAACCUUGUAAGCAAAAAAGCAUUGUAAAAUAUUGUCAAUUAUAUAAAUAUGAACAUAUGAGUUUUGUCACACUGUCAAAAGUCAUGUACAUUUUCAGGUGGCCUUAUGUACAUUUCCAGCUGUUAAAUGAAGAAAACAAACUCAUUUUUUGGGAGGCAGAAUUGUGACUAUGUAUGAUUAAACUGUUCUUCUAACACCU